AAAAUGGCUACUGAGGAACAUAAACGUUUAGCUAACAUAAUUAAAUCAUGUCAUGAUUCGCUCCGUUUAUUAACCAAACAACAUGGAGCUGACAAAGCUUGGCAAGAACAUAUAAAAGACACCGGACGCCUUAAAGAAUAUGCCGCAGCCAUGCACCAAUUGGCCAAUAUAUGGGAGGAGAAUACAACAAAUCAAGACUUAAUGGCACAAAGUCGCAUAAAAUGGACCAUUGAAUAUGGUAUGGCAUAUUUCUUUUCCGAGCGCAUUUACCUGGAAAAACGAUUACGGGAACAGCGACUACUGGAGUCUUGGGAUGAUUAUGAUUGUUCACAAUGCCAGUAUCUAGAAGAUGUAACUGAAAAAGUUAAGGUUUUAGAUGUGGGCAGCUGUUUCAAUCCAUUUGGCAAAUCGCCCUACUUUGAAGUGACAGCCGUAGAUUUAUGUCCCGCCACAAAUGAGGUGCUUAAAGGUGAUUUUUUAAAAAUUCAACUCCAAGAUCUAACGGAGUCAAACACUAUUAAAAUGUCCAAUCAAGAGGUAAUAGCACUGCCCAAAAAUUACUACGAAUGUGUGGUAUUUAGUUUGUUAUUAGAAUAUAUACCCAGUUCGGAUCUAAGACUGGAAUGUUGUCGUAAGGCUUACGAUUUGCUGAAAUUUGAAGGUAUUUUGGUAAUUAUAACACCCGAUUCUCAACAUGUGGGUAAAAAUGCUGCUAUUAUGAAAAAUUGGCGUUAUACGUUAGGUACUAUGGGAUUUACACGGAUCAAAUUUGAAAAAUUACCUCAUAUAACGUGUAUGGUUUAUCGUAAGGCUAGUGAUGCGAGGGUGGCACGAAGAUGGUCGGAGUUACACAAGGAACCAAAUAUGAGUUUAACAAUUGAUAUACCUCAAGAUAAUAAAACAUUUGAUCAAUAAGUCUUACAAAAAUACAACUAAAAUCAAA